CUUUAAUUGGCACUGUGCAUUCAAAGAGAAAUGAUUCUGUGUUCGAGAUGGUUAACUUUUACUGGAGCAGUUUUUUUUGUAUCCAAUGUUAAAAUCUGCAGUGCAUUCUGUGACACAUAUGAAUAUCAAGAUGACGAUCCAAGUUAUAAUGAGUACGGUGAACUAUUUUAUAGGAUAAAGAAGUAUGCUAGUUGUGAAGAUGUUCGUCUUCCUUUUCAAGAUAUGAUUUGUGAUGGUUGUACCGAAAUAGAGAUUUCAGAUUCAAAUAUUUCUGAUGUAACACCUGCAGCAUUUUUAAAAGUACCCUCCACGACAUAUUUACAACUAUCAGGAAACUUUAUCAAUACUAUACAGCCUGGUGCUUUUGCCGGUCUUCAUAAUUUAGAGCAACUAGAUUUAGAUAACAACCAAAUAGUAAAUAUAUCUCAAGGAAUAUUCAACUCUUUAGUUCAACUGCAAAUUCUUGAUCUAUCUAAAAAUAAGAUCAACAGCAUAAAUCCCAAUUUUUUGACAGGCAUUAUUCACUUAUCGUCAUUAAAUUUUGCAGAAAAUGCUUUAAAAUCUUUUGAUGGUGUAGCGUUAGGCCAAAACAAUUACUUUAAGAUGUUAAAUUUAAGUGAUAAUAAUAUUUCUUUUAUAAAUUUGAGUAAGUUUAACGGCGAGAUUAUUACUUUAGAUGUUUCAAAUAAUAAGUUGCCAUUUUUUAAUGUAUGCCUUUCAGGGUUACAUAAUCUUAAUGCUAGUAAUAAUGAAAUCAAAUAUUUACUUGCCGACCCUUGCUCAUUGAGUGAAUCUUUAACAACUUUGGAUGUUAGUAAUAAUUUGCUCAAUGAAAAAUACAUAAUGAAUGUUUCAAAACUAAUCAAAUUGGAAUGGUUAAGUAUAGCGGGAAAUAAUCUGUCCUUUAUUCCUGUUAACCUAUUUGUAAAUUUAACACACUUGUCAUUUUUAAACAUGUCACAUAAUAAGAUAAGUUACUUGAAUUAUGGAGUACUGGAUCAUUUAAAUCUUUUGCAAAGUUUAGAUCUGUCGUAUAACAAGCUUACGACUCUUAAAAGAUACUUGCACUCAUUGUCGGCACUAACAUCUAUAUACAUCAAUAACAAUAAAAUCACCAACAUUAAUAGCAAACAACUAUUGAGCGAUAUUCACGGAUUUAACAUCAUAAACAUAGAUAGUAAUGAUUUUACUUGUGAAAAUUUGGUAGAAGUAAUUCAUGAUUUUAAAAAUAAAGUGUUUAAAGGUACAGCAACUAUAGGAUCAAAUAUUCACGGCAUUGCUUGCAAAGAAGAAACAUUACCAGAAGUAAAUCCUGAUGUAAAGCUUAAAGAGGAUGUUAUAAAAUAUUUGGAGACAACAAUUUCAGCAAAGCUUGAAAAAUCCGAGAACCUUCAGUUCGACAGAAGCCUCAUGUACGAUUAUUUUAACAAAGAUUUCAAGAACAGCAACUUUUAUAAGUACCUGGAAGGACUGAAAAAUAUUAGUACGCUAAAUUUUAAUGGUACUGACAUGUUAAAGUACUUCAAUCAAGAUUUUAAAAACAGUUUGUUCUAUAAAUAUCUGGAAAGUUUGAAAGCAAACGAAAAUUCAACCAGAGAGUUUAACAGAAGUCUUUACAACUACUUCAACAACGAUUUCAACGGUACUUAUCUUGUCAAAUAUUUGACUAAACUAGAAAAAUCCAAGGAUGAUUUCAUUGAUUCUUUUGAAAAUAGCAGCAUGUUUAACUACUUUAAUAAAGGCUUUAAAAAUAGCACAUUUUAUAAGUACUUUGAAAAUUUAAAUGCAAAAUUUGAUGAUAUUAAACAAAAAGAUCAUAGUACUGCUGAAUAUUUGCAUAGUAACUCUGAACAUCAAAGAAAUAACUAUUCUCCUAUGCUUUCAAUGUUGUCUAUAAUAAUUGUUCUCUUAACAAUUUUAGUAGCGUUUAAAGCUGUUAAAAUAUAUUUCAGUUACAACAAAAAAAAUCUUUUCUCUAAGGAACACGUUGAACUUUUAGACACAAAUAGUAUACAGUAAGGAUAACAUUAUGUGUGUAUAGAUAUGUGUAUGUACAGAGUGUUUUCAACUAUUUUGUUAAUAUUUUUAAAGGUCUGUAAUUUGUAGUUAAUCCAGUAUAAUUAGAUAAUAUUCAGAACAUGUGUUUAAACUAAAGAAGACAAUCGUUUUCUUCUUCUUCUAGUUCCAUGACCGUUAUCGAUAGUUGGAUAUCAUGUUGGCUACCAUAUUCGCUAUCGUGACUUUAUUGACAGCAGCUCUAAAUAACGAUGUAGUUGAAUUUCCAUACCAUUGCCUUAGAUUUUUCAGCCAUGAUGUUCUUCUUCUACCAGGACCACGAUUACCUUGGAUCUUUUCCUGAAUGAUCAGAUGUAGAUCAUAUUUUUUAGAGUGUCUCAUAAUGUGACCGAAGUAUUCCAGCUUACGUUUCUUUAUUAUAUUGACCAGUUGUGUUGUUUGGUUGAGCUGUCUAAGGACCCCCUCAUAUCUAACUCUGUCGACUUAGCUUAUUUUUAGUAGUCGUCUGUAUACCCAUAUCAUAUCUCAAAAGCUGUCAAGCGUUUAAGGAUAGCCUCAGCUAGAGUCCACGCUUCUACUCCAUACAGCAGGACAGGAAAGAUGUAGCAAGAUGUUAUUAGAACUCUAAGGUCAAUGCUAAGAUUGUGAACGCAAAGUACGUUUCUAGGUAAAGUAAGUUCUAGGUUAAAAAGUAAAGGCGACAAUAUACAGCCUUGCCUCACUCCUCUUUUUAUAUUUAUUUCGUCCGACAGUUCUUGUUCAACCUUUAUUCCUCCCACUUGAUGCCGGUAUAGAUUUGUAAUUAUUUGUAGGUCUUUAUCGUCCAAUCCAGCUGUUUCCAAUAUUUCUAGCAUUUUGUUAUGUCUGACUUUGUCAAAAGCUUUUUCAAAAUCGAUUGCACAAAUGUACACAUUUAGAUUUAUAUCUCUGCAUCUCUGUACUAGCACCUGUAUACUAAACAAUGCUUCUCUUGUACCUAAGCCACUCCCAAACCCAAAUUGAGUAUUGCUAAUUCUGUCUAACAGCGUGUAAAUUCUGCUGUGUAUUACUCGCAGGAAGAUCUUCAAAACGUGACUCAUCAAACUUAAUGUCCGAUAAUCACAGCAUGUCUUUGAACGAUGUUUCUUAGGUAUUGUGACAAAUGUCGACUUUAACCAGUCAGUUGGCAAUAUCCCAGUGUCAUAAAUUCUGUUAAGGAAAUAACACAGAGCUUUAAUUCCAUUUUCUCCCAAAAACUUUGUUAUUUCAGCACUUACUUCAUCGGGGCCAAGUGCUUUUCCAUUUUUUGCCAUUUGUAUUGAACGUGUAACCUCACUUUCUGUUAUAGAUGGACCUGAUAUAGCAAUCGGUGUAUAGUGUUCUACUCUCUCAUCUUCAAAUAAUUCAGAAAUGUAGUUUUCCCAUUCUUUUAACUGUUCAUUUAUGUCUAAUAUUCAGUGUCGGUUUCUGUCUUCUAAACAUUACAUGAUUUGGUAUUGUUGUUUUUUGGUAGAGGUAAAAAUAUCAAUUUAAGCCAUUCCUCUGGGAUAUUGCCCUCUUCAUAUAUGUGGUUGAGAAUUCGGGUGAGUCUGUUUAUAUUACCGUCAUCUAAGGCUUUUAACAGUUCAACUGGAAUUUGAUUAGGACCCGGUGCUUUUUCUUGUUUUGAAUUCUGUAGGGCAUGUUUUACUUCUGAGGGUAACAUUUCAGGUACUGUUCUUCUUCACCCAUAUCUUGCUCAUUUUCCCUCUCGUCAUGGAACAGAUGGAUUAUAUAUUGUUCCCAUACUUUCUUUAUUUUGUUCACUUUAUUAAGUAUUCCUUUAAUAUUAUCUCUUGUUAUGAGUGUUCUUCUUUGUCUGGUGUUGCCUGUAAGUUUUUUUAUUUUUUAUGUACUGGACUAGUCUAUCACCUCUUUCGUUUCUUUUACCAACCGAAAAUUAGCAUUAAUUAAUGUCAUACAUAUGCAUCAUGAGUGCCAUCUAUGAAUAUUUAUCGAAAAUUUUAAAUACCCCAGCGCCCGCCAUCAAAGCAUGUAAAUAACACAAUAUUGCGUACUGGCCAUGCAUGUGCUUGUUGAUUUUGCUAGGAUGAUAAGCUAGUUGUUAAUGCUUGUUAAUUUAAUGAAAAAGAUAGUUUGUUUCAGUAUUUUCAAUAUUAAGUUAUUAAAAUAGAUUCAAACUUUCUAUUUAUGUGCAGCUUUUAGAGACAUGCACCAUGUAAAAAGUUAUGAUGACUGAAACUUAAGCUAUAUCUUCAAUUACUCAACUUAAAAUUUUUAAUAAAUAUAUAGGAUAGUAAGGGAGAACCAAAAUGAUAUGAAAGAGAACUAACUCACGCCCAUAAACCAUCUAGACUCCACCCACCACAACCAAAAAAGUUUAAAUUGCAAACCAUUACUUGUGAUACAUCAUUGAAGACUAUAAAGAAUGCUAUCCAAUGGUGCAAAUAAUAAUUAUACAGGGUGAAGCAAUAAUUGUGAAAAUUUGGCUUAAAUGGAAAAUUUAAUAAGGUUUUGUUGAACUACAAAUUUGUUAAAAAUGUCAAUUAAGUUAAUGUUCAAAGUGGGUUCCGUUGUUUUGUAAACAAUAAUACAGCCUAUUUUCAAAUUAUGCAUGAACUUUGGCAAAUGUUGUUCUAGUCAUAGCGCAACAUGCUUGCGUAAUCCUUUCUCGCAAUUCCACAAGUGACGAAGGUGGAGUUUGAUAAACAACUGACUUGAGGUUGAACCCCAUAGACAAAAGUCAGGUGGUGGUAAGUCUGAUGACCUCGGUGACACUCAAUAGGACCUCUCCUUCCAAUCCAUGUGUUCGGAUAAUUAGUAUCCAACCAGUGCCUAAAUGGAGCUGCGUAGUGAGGAGGUGCUCCAUCUCAUUGGAAGUGCAGCAAAUAUUCGUCUAGAGGCAGGUUACCUUGAUCGUCCCUUUGGUUUUCUAAUUCAUGCACAAUUACAAGUUCGAUGGUGUUUUCCAGCAUAUCGAGAUAAAUGUUGCCACUGAAAUUGUCUGGUAUGAACAAGGGGCCAUGUUCUCUUUCAUGUCAUUUUGCAUGUCAUGCAAGUUUAACGUUUACUUUGUAUUCCAGUUCUUCCUUUGGCAGAAUUUUUGGUUUUUUAUUGACGCUUAUAAAAUGAAAGUAGGGUAAACCACCCAGUUAUUGGCACUUUAAGAAAAAGAGUUGUUUAAACAUUAGAUUUGCUAAUAUAGGUAACAUCAUAGGGGAUAUUUUGAAUUUUUUUAUUAUUUACUAUUAUUACUGAACACAAAUAAAUGUCAUUUUAUUAUAAAUAUUAUAAAUAAUGCAAAAAUAGGUUAUUGGAGUUAUUGGAAGUUAUAUUGUAGUUGUUGGCAUGUGUAAAUUGGCAGUGUAAUCAAUCAGUGAUACCUAGUAAUUGGCAUAAUUUUUAUAUCAAAAUAUUGAUUGAGCAUUGAAAACAAAUCUAAAACAUAACUACUUACGAAAAACAGAGUGUCGUUUAUUUAUAUAUUUUUUAAAAACAAAUUUUACAAGAACAAUAUUUUUUAUACAAGUUGUUGUUCUGAAGCUAUUUUCUUGUGGCAUUGUAAAUUAAUUACUAUUUAACUGGGAAUAAGCCACAAUUAAAGAUAAAAAUACGUUUAUUGACGUUUCAAUUUCCACUUCGGAAAUCGUUCUCAAAA